ACGAACAUCUAGCACUUAUCCACACCCCGCGGCCCCCGUGGGGCAUAACAUAACACAUAACACAUAGGUGAUAGGUUAAUCAACGUCUGUAACUCAAGGCAUCAUGUCUAAGAUAUUUACGCCAACCAAUCAAAUGCGACUUACAAAUGUCGCGAUAGUCAGGAUGAAGAAGACUGGGAAGCGAUUUGAAAUUGCCUGCUACAAGAACAAGGUGCUCUCCUGGCGAAGUAAAGUCGAGAAAGAUAUCGACGAGGUUCUUCAGAGCCACACUGUGUUCCUGAAUGUGUCAAAAGGUCAAGUGGCUAAGAAGGAGGAGCUGCAGAAGGCGUUCGGGACCGACGACUCGACCAAGGUGUGUCUGGAGAUUCUGGAGAAGGGUGAGCUGCAGGUCUCCGAGAAGGAGCGGCACGCCCAGCUCGAGUCGACCUUCAAAGACAUCGCCACCAUCGUCUCCGAUAAGUGCGUGAAUCCUGAAACCAAGCGUCCAUACCCAGUCACAAUGAUAGAGAAGGGCAUGAAAGACAUGCACUUCUCAGUGAAACCCAACAGAAACUCCAAACAGCAGGCGCUGGACGUUAUCAAGCAGCUACAGAGUAGUGGCGUGAUGCCCAUCGAGCGGGCCCAGAUGCGGCUGCGCGUGCAGCUGCCGGCCAAGGAGGGCAAACACGCCCGCAAGCGCAUCAGGGAGAUGAGCUCAUCGGUGGAGGAGGAUGACUGUGCCGACGGCCAGUUCACAAUGGUGUGCCUCCUGGACCCGGGCCAUUACCGAGCCGUGGACGAGCUGCUCCGCGCAGAGACCAAGGGCAAGGGCCACAUGGAGCUGCUCAGCCUAAAGGAGGUGCGAGAGGGCGACUCGGCGCUCGAGUAGCCCACGGGACAGCUGGGGUGGGGCAGGGGGGAGGCGGCUGACGGGGCUCUCUGCUGUGAUAUAACCGCCGGCGCUGCGUCUGGGUACUGCGCGAGCGGUGGAAGCACGCCGCCUCGCGAAUCGCGUGUUAUAUUCAUGAUCUGGUCGCGCUAAUCAUGUUGGUUGCUUCAGAAAAUAUACUGUUUAUUUAAG